CUGGAGGUGUGAGGAUCAAAGCGCCUCCUCCUCCUCCUCCUCUUCCUCCUCCUCCUCCUCCCUCCUCCUCCACCUCCUCCUCCCUUCCAAAACCGUGAAAAUGGGAGGAAAUUAACCCCACAGAGACGGAAAGUGGCGAAUUGUGAAGGAUUAUUGACAUUUUUAAAGGAUUUGACACCUUUUAGGGAAAACUUAAAGAAAACGAGGAUUUUUCGAGUUUUUUUUACCACGAGUGAUGGUGAAGUGGUCGUUUGGUCGUCCCCACACCUACCACCACUCCAGUUGUCGUUGUUAGUGGUUGUGGUUGCGGUUACACUGUGUUUGUUGUUGAUGGUGGUGGUGGUGGUGGUGGCGGUGGUGGCGGUGGUGGUGGUGGUGCUCCAGUCAUUACUUAUAUCAAACUACUACUACUACUACUACUACUACAACUACUACUACUGCAACUGCUACUACUACUACUACUACUACUACUACUACGUGCAGCGCUGGAGACGCAAAGGAGCAGCACUAACAGCAGCAGCAGAAGUAGCAGCAGAAGUAGCAGCAGCAGAAGUACCAGUACCAGUCAAAGCAGGUGCAGUACCAUUAACAGCACCAGCAUGGACCAGCAACAGUUUUGCCUGCGCUGGAACAACCAUGGAUCGACCCUCGUGGCGGUAUUUGACAACCUGUUGGCGUCAGAGAGCUUGGUGGAUGUGACUCUCUUUGCUGAGGGUCACAGGCUCAAGGCUCAUAAAGUGGUGCUCUCCGCCUGUUCUCCUUACUUCCAGCAGGUGUUUGCGGAAACACAGGACAGACACCCUAUCGUGGUGCUGAAGGACGUGGGCCAUGUGGUGCUGAGGGCGCUGCUCGAAUACAUGUACCGCGGGGAGGUCAACGUGGCGCAGGACCAGCUGGAAACGCUUAUACGGACCGCUGAAUCGUUGAAGAUCAAGGGCCUCGCUGACGGAACUCGCGGCACCCCUGGCUUGGCACCUCGAGGCGACACUGAUCCUCCUUCAUCGCCUACCUCAGUGCCAGUCACCCAGGUGUCAUCCCAGGGGGCACCACAGGGGGAGGCGUGCCCCGGGGGGAUUAAGGAGCAGCGCACACCCCUUGGGGAAAGCCGUAUUGCCCCCAGGGGUGAGAGGAAUGACAAUUAUCAGCUCCCACAAUCCUCAGCGUCCUCCAUUCCGUCAGUCCUCUCCACUGUCCUGACAAUGCCCCCAGCCCUCUCUCUUGCCGCUGCUGCUGCAAACGCCCCCCUCCCCACCAAAAUCAAGCUGGAGCGCCCCCCACCCACAGCCCCACAGGACGCUCCCCCAGGCUCACCACUCGCUAAGAGAAGACGCAAGUCACCAGUCCCAUCCUACCUUAAGGUGCGACACUGCUCAGGGGGCCGAGAGAGCGCAGUGGACCGGGACAGCGGGGCGGACAGUGACGGCAGAUCCUCCUCCUCCCCUGGUGACACCCUGACGCAUCUCCCCCGUAUCCCUGCCACCAUUACCCCUGUGGCACCACUUCAUUACCCCUUAGAGAGACCAGAGACAGCCCCCAGUGGUACCCCGGGGAGCAGCAGUCCCUCCCCGGAUAGCGUCGGUACUCGAAGUGAUGUCCAGCCAAGUUCCCCAGUGCCCCGGCCUGUGUCAUCCCUGGGGCACUCCUCUCCACCCCUGUUUAAGGCCCGGGGGAGGCUGGAUGAGAACAGCAGUGACGCGAACCACCACAGUGACGAUGAUGGGGAGACUCUCAGGCAAGUGAAGGACCACGGGGACACAGCCGGGCCAUCCACAUCCAGGCUGUCACAUGAUGAUGGACCACACACACCAAGUUACCUCGGCUGGCCUUACCCCCAGGACCCCCCCUCCAGCAGUGAGGACCCCCCCUCCUUUCCCUCCUUAGAAAACACCAACCAAGGAAUAUGGAAAAAAAACUUUCUUGCACCAUACUUUCCCCCGCGGCCACACCCCAGUUUAGGACCUCCGUUUCCUGGGCUGUAUGGACCUCCCCCUUCGUCCCCGUGGGGUGGCCGAUCACCGCCUGGGCCUGGGGUGCUGGGAGGCGGCCCUGGAGUCCUCUGUGCCCAUGAGUGUUCGCGGUGCUCCAGGUUAUACAAGACUAGGAAGGGUUUGAAACACCACGUGAAGAAUGAGUGCGGGGUGGAGCCAAGGUUCCAGUGCUCCCAUUGUGACUGGAGGUUCAAACAGAAGGCGCAUCUCCUCAGGCACGUGGCACGGAAGCACACUGCCACCUGAGCCACCCCUGCCAACCCCUGCCAACCCCUGUUAACCCCUUGUGAACCCCUGUCAAGCCUUGUGAACCCCUGCCAAGCUUUAUCAAUCCUUCUCAAGCUCUGUCAACCCCUGUCAAGCCUUGUGAACCCCUGUCAAGCUUUGUCAACCCCUGUCAAGCCUUGUGAACCCCUGUCAACCCCUAUCAACACUUCUCAAGCUCUGUCAACCCUUCUCAAGCUCUGUCAAGCUCUGUCAAGCCUUGUGAACCCUUGUGAACCCCUGUAAAC